AUUGCCCCCGCCCCUCUACCUGAAUGGAUUCAGCAGUCUUCUACAGUAUCGCCCCGCCCCCCCCUCUACCUGAAUGGAUUCAGCAGUCUUCUACAGUAUUGCCCCCGCCCCUCUACCUGAAUGGAUUCAGCAGUCUUCUACAGUAUUGCCCCCGCCCCCUCUACCUGAAUGGAUUCAGCAGUCUUCUACAGUAUCGCCCCCCCCCCCCCUUUGCUCUUCAUCCCCUCAUUCUAGUGAUCACCAAACAACACACGUUGCUAUGCUACGCUCCUAUGUAUGACUUUACAGGGGCCAUAUCUGCUCUGGGUAUUGCUGUGCCUGUGAUGUCUGUACCCAGGAUGCUGAUUAGUUUCCUAUCUGACAUUAACUUGAUUUCCAGAGAGGAACGUCUUAUUCAGAUGUUUUGCAUUCAUUACUGUGCCUGUUUUCAAUCCACUAUCUUACUGGGGAUGGCUAUAGGUCGCUAUGUUGCAAUCUGUCUUCCUCUAAGAUACAACGACUACAUCAACAUGGCCCAUUCUCUUAUUUUCAACGCUGUGCUCAUGAUUCGAAACACUACUGUGAUGGUCGGUCUGGUAACACCGCUUACAUUGUGCAAGUCCAAUAUGAUGUACCACUGCUUCUGUGAGCAGAACGUCAGUGGUUAGCUUAGCUUGUGGCAACGUUUCCAGAAACAACAUGUUUUUUUUUUUUGUGUCAUUUAGCAGACGCUAUUAUCCAGAGCGAUUUACAGGAGCAAUUAGGGUUAAGUGCCUUGCUCAAGGGCACAUCGACAGAUUUUUCACCUAGUCGGCUCGGGGAUUAGAACCAGCGACCUUUCGGUUACUGGCCCAACGCUCUUAGCUUAGUGGGUAACAUGGCAGGUAUAGUGACCUUCUGCAUACCAACUACUUACUGUAUUUUCAUAGUGUAUUCCUAUGUGGUUAUCUUUAUGGCUAUAUUGAAAUCACCAUCAGGAGAUUCACGGCAGAAGGCCAUUGAUACCUGCAGUUCUCAUGUCAUGGUUAUAUGUGUUGCUAAUUUAAGUGCUAUGCAGCCCAGUCAAAACUGUUCGCUGCUCUGGCACCCCAAUGGUGGAACAAGCUCCCUCACGACGCCAGGAUAGCGGAGUCACUGACCACCUUCCGGAGACACUUGAAACCCCACCUCUUUAAGGAAUACCUGGAAUAGUAUAAAAGUAAUCCUUCUACACCCCCCGCCCCCUACCAAAUAUAAAAAGUAAUAAUAAAAAAAUUGUAAAGUGGUUGUGCCACUGGCUAUCAUAAGGUGAAUGCACCAAUUUGUAAGUCGCUCUGGAUAAGAGCGUUUGUUAAAUUACGUAAAUGUAAAUGUAAUGUAAAUGUCUAUGACUGCAUUCGUUGGCUAUAGGGUGAACACUAUCCCUCCUGAUGUACGCGUGUUUACUAGUCUGAUGUAUAUUCUAGUUCCUGGCUGUUUUAAUCCUGUAAUAUCUGGUUAUAGAAAUAAAGAGAUUAGAGUUCACUUGCUUAAAUAUUUUACAUGUAAUAAAAUGGACUUGUGCUAAUGGACUUGUGUUAUACUGAAUACAAUAAACCAUGUGUACUUGGAAAUAUUGUUUUAUGUCUGUUUCUAACCUUGUUGUCAUGUUUAUGUGGGAUCAGUUGAGUCUGAUGUUUAGAUGUGAUGCAAGUAGCCUUGCAUGAGCCUUUGCCUGUGCUAGCCGGAACGGCUCAUAGGAGCAGGAGCCUAUCUCCUGUUUCUGUAGCGUGAGGCAGCUUGAUGUUCAAGUACACCCUCUGGACAGGAAGCUAGGGCCGCAGGGCCUUACCCCCAGUCGAUCUCCUUAAUGCUGAGUGCCAAGCAGAGACAGAUUGUAUCAUUUUUACAGUUUUGGGUAUGACUCGGCCGGGGAUCGAACUCCCAACUUUCCAAUAUCAGGGCAGACACUCUGACCACAAGAAUAAAUGCUGCAGUAGCUGUUUUCAAAGUAUUUCUGCCGUUUUGUUUCAUAGCUGGUAAAUGAAUCGCACAAAAUCAUAUCCCAACUCGCGCUGCAAUACUCCUGGCUGGGGGCUGUGCGCACAUGAAGAGCUGAGUGAAACAAUCAUUUUUUGAAGCGCUGCGCACAGGCAUAAAAGUUGGUCUAAUUUAUUUUAAACUAAAGUCUACUGAAGUGAGACUUUGUCCUUGUGUUUCUUGGCUAUUUACAUUGUUUUGUUCACAAGCUAGGUUGUUUUUCAAUGUUUGAGUUUCAAAGACUCGCGUUUCCUCCCGUCCUUAAAAGUGAACAUUUGUGAUAGCUGUGAUAUGUUGGUUAAAAGACAGGUCACAAAAAAUUAAAUGAAAUUAAACAACAUACUAAAUUACUUCUUACUAGUAAUACAUUUAUUGUUUUAGAAACAUUACAAAGCAGACUCAUCCGUUUUUAUGUUUCGUUGGUGUAAUUUCAGCGCAAUUUUUUGGGGGGGAAUGGUAACAUCUGAGUGACUGGUAGAUGUUUAAAUCAGUGGCUGGUGGACCAAAAAAGUUAAUUUUAGGUCCUAUGCCUCUAUUUAUUUUAAGGCAAAGCAAAUAACUGCUUGUCACCUCAAAACGAUUUGCUCCAUAGUUGCAGGCAUUGCAGAAAACGUGUGUAGAGAUUACAAGAGUGGAAAACAAGUGCAACAAGUGUUGAUUUUCGAAAGAUACACUGUACACUACGCACUCACUGUAUACACAAAGAUUGUGUCCACAUAAUGUAAACCUAUUACAUCAUGAAACGGUUUGACAUAUACCUGAAUAACAUCUGAUACCAACAAAAUACAACCAACAAAAAUCAUAACACAUUUUUUCCCUUUAGUCUGCUUUCAAAAAUACAGCUGCGGCCAACUAGACUAAAGUUCCUUUAGGAAAAAUAAAGUUAUUCUAAAAUUAAAUCAGCAUAAUACUCCUUCAUAUGUGCAGAUCUGUGGACAAAGACACAGGACAGUAAGGCUGUUGUUGAUAAUUAGUGGUCAUAGUUAGAGAGUAAUCCUUCACUGACUCCCAGUCGGCCCAUUUCAUUGGCUAAUUGGACUCCCAGUCGGCCCAUUUCAUUGGCUAAUUGGACUCCCAGUCGGCCCAUUUCAUUGGCUAAUUGGACUCACAGUCAGACCGUCUCAUUGACUAAUUGGCCCCUUGGUGAUGUCACCAUCCUCUGUGUGUCCAGUCCGACCCGCCUGAUGCCUCCUGGGUAAUUUAGUGUGUAAAUAACUACUGUUAUUGCAGCAGUAGCACACCAACACACCUCUGAUGUUCAUUACAGCGCCAAUUAAACAAUGACCAUGUAAACAUCACGUUGGGUUAGGGAUGGUCUCCCUACUCUCUCAUCACGUUGGGUUAGGGAUGGUCUCCCUACUCUCAUCAUGUUGGGUUAGGGUCAGGGUUAGGGAUGGUCUCCCUACUCUCUCAUGUUGGGUUUGGGUCAGGGUUAGGGAUGGUCUCCCUACUCUCAUCAUGUUGGGUUAGGGUCAGGGUUAGGGAUGGUCUCCCUACUCUCUCAUGUUGGGUUUGGGUCAGGGUUAGGGAUGGUCUCCCUACUCUCUCAUGUUGGGUUUGGGUCAGGGUUAGGGAUGGUCUCCCUACUCUCAUCAUGUUGGGUUAGGGUCAGGGUUAGGGAUGGUCUCCCUACUCUCAUCAUGUUGGGUUAGGGUCAGGGUUAGGGAUGAUCUCCCUACUCUCUCAUCAUGUUGGGUUAGGGUCAGGGUUAGGGAUGGUCUCCCUACUCUCAUCAUGUUGGGUUAGGGUCAGGGUUAGGGAUGGUCUCCCUACUCUCUCAUCAUGUUGGGUUAGGGUCAGGGUUAGGGAUGGUCUCCCUACUCUCUCAUCAUGUUGGGUUAGGGUCAGGGUUAGGGAUGGUCUCCCUACUCUCAUCAUGUUGGGUUAGGGAUGGUCUCCCUACUCUCAUCAUGUUGGGUUAGGGUCAGGGUUAGGGAUGGUCUCCCUACUCUCAUCAUGUUGGGUUAGGGUCAGGGUUAGGGAUGGUCUCCCUACUCUCAUCAUGUUGGGUUAGGGUCAGGGUUAGGGAUGGUCUCCCUACUCUCUCAUCAUGUUGGGUUAGGGAUGGUCUCCCUACUCUCAUCAUGUUGGGUUAGGGAUGGUCUCCCUACUCUCUCAUGUUGGGUUAGGGUCAGAGUUAUGGAUGGUCUCCCUACUCUCAUCAUGUUGGGUUAGGGUCAGGGUUAGGGAUGGUCUCCCUACUCUCUCAUGUUGGGUUAGGGUCAGGGUUAGGGAUGGUCUCCCUACUCUCUCAUGUUGGGUUAGGGUCAGAGUUAUGGAUGGUCUCCCUACUCUCAUCAUGUUGGGUUAGGGAUGGUCUCCCUACUCUCUCAUGUUGGGUUUGGGUCAGGGUUAGGGAUGGUCUCCCUACUCUCUCAUGUUGGGUUUGGGUCAGGGUUAGGGAUGGUCUCCCUACUCUCUCAUGUUGGGUUAGGGUCAGGGUUAGGGAUGGUCUCCCUACUCUCAUCAUGUUGGGUUUGGGUCAGGGUUAGGGAUGGUCUCCCUACUCUCAUCAUGUUGGGUUUGGGUCAGGGUUAGGGAUGGUCUCCCUACUCUCAUCAUGUUGGGUUUGGGUCAGGGUUAGGGAUGGUCUCCCUACUCUCUCAUGUUGGGUUUGGGUCAGGGUUAGGGUCAGGGUUAUGGAUGGUCUCCCUACUCUCAUCAUGUUGGGUUAGGGUCAGGGUUAGGGAUGGUCUCCCUACUCUCAUCAUGUUGGGUUAGGGUCAGGGUUAGGGAUGGUCUCCCUACUCUCUCAUGUUGGGUUUGGGUCAGGGUUUGGGUCAGGGUUAUGGAUGGUCUCCUUUGUGUCUCCUGACCCAAACUGGUCAGACAGGUUUAGGGUUGCAAAGAUACCAGUAAUUUACCAAAGUUACCGGAAUCUUCAGUCAUUUUGGAGAUUCAUAUAUAGUAUUCGUUUUUCAUAGCUGUGUCCAUAUUGUCCAUUAGUUUGUAGUAGAUAGAUCAUAUGGUUCAAGAGAAAAUAGCCUGAUUAAUAAUUUAAAAAAGCAUCUAAUCAACAAUGGCAAUAUCUUCAAUUAACCCUUCACUAAGCCCCACCCCAGAAUUUUGGGAGACAAGCUCACGUUUAAAUCGCAUGAAAGCCAGUCAGGGCUAUGGCAAAAAACAGAGUUUUCUUUUUUUUAAAUGUUAAAUAAUUUAACCGUGCACCAGGAGUAAUUUCUACAGUGAUUCCUGAAAUGCAGAGCGUGUUAGCUGGUUAGCUAACUCUGUCUCAUUGACCACCAAACGUUGCUAACGCUAGCUAGCUAGCCAGCCACUUAAUAUAACUUGUUUUCUCUAAAUGUAUGUUAGCUAGCUAAGUUAGCAAUGUUAUGAAUACAACUCCCAUCUGCUGUCGACAUCAGGAUACGAUUUGAGAGCAUUAGUUAGCUCCAAAAGUGGAUAUAGCUUUCUUUGAAUUCAUAGCCAUUCACUACACUACAAACAUAAUUUUACCAGGUUCCUGUGAAGCAAUUGACAGUCCACCACAACAUACCCAAGAGUUUCCUGAUUAGUAAGGGGUCAUCUGUGUUUUAUUUAAUUGUGUAUUAGAAACACAGUUUGAGAUCAUUGUGAGGGGAUUUCGCCAGUGGUUGAAUGGGGAAUUGGGCUUCCAACUAUUGACUUUUUUCAUAACUUCCACCAGUUUGACGACAAAACAUUGACAACAAAUACAUAUUGACAUAGUAAAAUAAAUAAAAGUAUGUACAAAAAUAUAAAGGAUAUUUCAUGCAAAAACCCUCAUAUUAAACACCAAUGGUAUUCACUAAGUUGAUGGUUUUUAUUUAGGAUAAUGUUUUACAGCUUUGUCAUUCUAUUUUUAAAUCAUCUUAUUUAAUUUGUUCAUAUAUUUUCCAUGUGAUACGGCCUACGCAGACGGCCAGAGAUCAUUAGACACCUGUGAUAAUCUGACGUACCCAAAAAAAGACCACUACAUGUCAUCUUAUUAAAUUACAAAUUAACCUUGAAAGUUACCCAAAUUCUGGUAGUUUACUGGUAAACCUAGAAAGUUUCUAGUAAUCCCUUUGCAACCCUAGACAGGUUACAUCAUCCGGCUCAAAGAACCAUGAUAAAGAACACUACUUAGUGGUGGGUGGAGUCAGAGAGAGGAGCUGGUUAAGGUACAAUAAUAACAGGUAAUAAUCAAAACCAUGCAGUAAUACAUUUACAUUUACAUUUACGUCAUUUAGCAGACGCUCUUAUCCAGAGCGACUUACAGUUAGUGCAUACAUUAUUAUUUUCAUACUGGCCCCCCAUGGGAAUCGAACCCACAACCCUGGCGUUGCAAACGCCAUGCUCUACCAACUAAGCUACCUCCCUGCCGGCCAUUCCCUCCCCUACCCUGGACGACGCUGGGCCAAUUGUGCGCCGCCCCAUUGGUCUCCCGGUUGCGGCCGGCAACAGCAGAGCCUGGAUACAAUAUAUAUACACGCUCAAUAUAAGAAGUCGAGGUUGUGUAUGUUGUCUCAUGGGAUGUCUGGUUUGGGGUAUAAAGACCAACGACCAAACAGCAGAAGAAAACAGAACAGCAGCAAGUGGGUUUAUUACGGCAUUUGUAAACCAUUCAUACAUAUCAGAGUAUUGAAAAUAUUGUGUCAAUGAAAACGUUGAAGUUUUACAUAGUUUUUUUCUUUUCAUCUCAAUUAAUUGGCAAUACCCAAAGUGUAAUGAUUAAAGAAUUCCAGGGAAUAAAUUUUUCACACAGUGAGUUCAUCUUUGUGGGAUUUCCAGAGAUCUACGAGUACAGACAUCAACUUUUCUUACCAUUUUUCAUUAUCUACAUUUUGGUCUUGGUGGGAAAUUCUUUGUUGAUCCACGUGAUUAGAAUUAUGGAGAGCCUCCACAGCCCCAUGUAUAUAUUAAUAUGUGGCCUGGCGGCGGUGGACAUUGUGGUGGCUACAGUCGUUAUCCCCAACAUGCUGCUCAGCUUUCUGUUUGACUGGAACGACAUCUCCUUGGCCAGCUGUUUGACUCAGAUGUUCUUCACUCACUUCCUCUCGUCAGUAGAGUCGACCAUCCUCCUGGCCAUGGCUCUGGACCGCUAUGUGGCCAUCUGCUUCCCUCUACGCUACGCUCGCGUCAUCAACUCUGCCACGUUAGUCAGACUGUUGCUGUUCACUGUUAUAAGGAGUGGUUCCAUAAUGUCCCUGCUUGUUGCGCUAGCUGGUUCUCUGUCUUUCUGUGGAUCCAAUGUGAUCCACCACUGCUACUGUGACCACAUGGCCCUGGUUAGCCUAGCAUGUGGUAACACUGACAAGAAUCAUGCUAUGGGAUUGGCUGUGAUUAUCUGUUUUGUGGGAAUGGAUAUUUGUGUCAUUGUAUUUUCCUACAUGAAGAUUCUGAAUGUAGUGUUGAGGGCAGCAGCAGGGGAGGAUAGAUGGAAAGCCUUCCAUACUUGUGGCACCCACCUUCUUGUAAUAAUGUGUUUCUAUCUGGUGGGUACUGUUACUUUUCUGUCACGCAAUCUGAAUAUUCAAAUUCCAACUGAUAUCAAUACUUUGCUAGGGGUGAUGUAUAUUGCUCUACCAGCAAGUGUCAAUCCAAUUAUCUAUGGAGUCCGGACAAAGGAAAUACGAAACCGCAUUUUGAAAAUGUUCAACACAAGAGUAAACAAAGUAUUGACUGUCCAGGUUGCUACUGUAGAAAUGUGAUUAUUUUCAAAGCUCUACUUGAGUUAGUGUUAGAGUUAGGGUUAGAUAUUUACGGUGCCUUCAGAAAUUAUUCACACCCUUGAUUUUUUUCCACAUUUUGUUGUGUUACAGCCUGAAUUAAAAAUUUAUUAAAUUGAGAUUUUGUGUCACUGAUCUACACACAAUACCCCAUUAUGUAAAAGUGGAAAUAUGUUUUUAGACAUUUGUACAAAUUCAUAGAAAAAUGAAAAGCUGAAAUAUCUUGGGUCAAUAUUUACAAAACACUAUAUCCACCAAUUUUUCACAUUUGUGUUUUUUCAUCAGAAAUAAUUGCUUAUGGGUACGUUCAUGUGUGUGUAAAAUAUUUUUGAUGUGUAUGAAAUUGUUUUUUUGUUAGUUGCUAAAACACUAUACACAGAGUGUACAAAACAUUAAGAAUACCUUCCUAAUAUUGAAUUUCACCCCACGUUGACUCCAAUACUUCCCACAGUUGUAUCAAGUUGGCUGAAUGAUGGACCAUUCAGUUGUGUCCUCUGGGUAGUGGACCAUUCUUGAUACACACAGGAAACUGUUGAGUGUGAAAAACCCAGCAGCGUUGCAGUUCUUGACACAAACCGGUGAGCGUCAAUAAGGGAUCAUAUCUUUCACCUGGUCAGUCUAUUUCAAGGAAAGAGAAGGUGUUCUUAAUGUUUUGUACACUCAAUACACUCAGUGUUUAGCUGGAAUGUUUAGCUGGAAUGGUAUCCUGUAUAUUUGACUGUGAUAUGUGGCUGUCCCACCUAGCUAUCUUAAGAUGAAUGCACUAACUGUAAGUCGCUCUGGAUAAGAGCAUCUGCUAAAAAUGACUAAAAUGUGAAAUGUAAAAUGUUUUACUGUACUAUUGAAUCAUACUUUUUUAACAUUUAAAUAUUGAUGUCAUAAAUGUAUCAUUUGUACAUUUCCUUACUACAAAUGUAGUUAUUUGUUACAUUUCACUGUGUAAAACCUAGCAGUACUACUUAUUUCUCUGAGAGUGAGGCAGAUAUAUAGCAUUUAGCAAAGAAACAUGAUUAUUUUGUCUUUCUGAAAUGAAACCAUCAAGUGAUAGAUUUAAUACAAAUACAUGUCUGUUAUUGAACAACCUCAUCCUAUGAUCAGAUAGUGAUAAUUUCUUUAAACAAUAAAAGCAAAACUACCAACAUUUCUGAAAAUGGAUAUAUAGCGUUUUGGAAUGAAACUCUUGAAGUAUUCAACCCCUUUGUUAUGGCAAGCCUAAAUACGUUCAGGAGAAAAGAUUUGCUUAACAAGACACAUAAUAAGUUGCAUGGACUCAUUCUGACUGCAAUAAUAGUGUUUAACAUUAUUGUUUUAAUGACUACCUCAUCUCUGUACCCCACACAUACAAUUAUCUGUAACGUCCCUCAGUCGAGCAGUGAAUUUCAAACACAGAUUUAACCACAAACACCUGGGAGGUUUUCCAAUGCCUCUCAAAGAAGGGCACCUAUUGGUAGAUAAACAAUUAAGAAAUAAAAAAAGAAGACGCUGAAUAUCCCUUUGAGCAUGGUGAAAUUCAUAUUUACACUUUGGAUGUUGUCUCAAUACACCCAGUCACUACAAUGAUACUGGCGUCCUUCCUAACUCAGUUGCUGGAGAGGAUAAUGGGCAAAUAUUGUACAAUCCAGGUUUGCAAAGCUCUUAGAGACUUACCCAGAAACACUUACAGCUGUAUUCACUGCCUACGGUGAUUCUAACAUGUAUUGACUCCGGCGGUUGAAUACUUUAUCUAAUCAAGAUAUAUUAGUGUUUGAUUUCCAUGGAUUUUUAUGUUGUUAAAAUGUUCUUUCACUUUCAGAGUAUUUUGUGUAGAUCGUUGACAAAAAAAAAAAUCACAAUUAAAUUCAUUUCAAGCCCACUUUGUAACACAAUAAAAUGUGGAAAAAGUAAAGGAGUGUGAAUACUUUCUGAAGACACUGAGUACUUUGACAUGAUAUUACAGUAUGACACAAUUAUACCUAUAUGACUAAAAUUAACUAACUAUCCCCUUGCAUUUGGCUUGUGUUUUGUCAGUUAUGCCAUGAUCACAGUCACAACUCCCAAUACUACUCCACCUGUUCCUUAAUUAAAGAAACUGAAAGACAACAACAAUAUAUGUUAUUAUUGUUAUUAUUAUUAUUAUUAUUAUUAUAUGAUACAAAUGUGUUUACCACAUUAUAAUAUGUGUGCAGUUAGAUAACAAGCCAAUUAUUCUCACUCGUAAACAACUAAAAACAGGAGUGUACAGUGAACAGAAUAAAUGAGUGGAGAGUGUUUCUAAAGUCCCUCAGCUCCCAGGAUGUUCUAAUAAGGCCAAAGCUAAUGAGAGCAGACGGAAGCCGGCCAUAACUGGCCACCAACGA